CUCGUUAAUCUCGCCCCGCUCUCACACACUCUCUCUCCCUCGCCUUCCUGUCGACCUGUCCUCUUCCCCAGAAGCAGCCGAAGCCCACCGGAUUUCCACCAGGUUCCCCAUGCCGCCUCGCCUGCUACCCCAGUAGCCCACCCCCUCUCGCCGUCUCGAUCUGCCGCCAGGACCGCGGUUUGCCGUUUGGAUCCGGCAAUCUCUGGCCGAGGCGCCGCAGAUCCGAACCAAUCCCAGCCGAACCCGGUGAACUCCUUCCUCCACUAGUAGUUCUCUGGUUGGGUUCUCGGUUUCGCUUGCUGCUUGAGCUCGCAUUUGUGCAACCUUGUGGUUUUCCAUUUGCUAUUGUUUCGGGUUUCUUCUCCCCUUGGAUUCACUCGCGCACGCGCUGUCCGAGCGUGCUCAAUCUGGUGGUUUUGCCCGGACUUCACCUCGCUGCAUUAUUAGCAGUAGAAUCAGAUUCCCUGGGUGCUUGACUGCCUGUUCUACUGCCUCUGGUCGCUGCUGCUCACUUGCAUGCGGUUUUUGGUGUGCUAGCUAGCUGCCCAGGAUCAUCUGGAGUUCUGGACCUUUGGUGGCGUUUCUGUGGGCAUGGGCUUGCUGUGAGAAAUCUCUUGAGGAAAGAUGUGGAAACAGUUCCUGACCAAGCUGCCUAAGAAGUCCUCUGCCUCCGGGAAGGGUGACCAUGGCUCAGGCUCUAGUCCGGGACGCAAUGCUACUGGCAACGGGGGCACGAUACAGCGCACUAGCAGCUGCCCCAGCGCCGGGCCUGCCCGUCCGGUGUCCAGCGUGAAGCGCAUGUCGUCUGCAGUCUUCCCUUCCAGCGUGGUGGCUGGCAUUGAGCCGCUCGUGUCGUUCAAGGAUGUCCCCAACGGGGAGAAGCAGAACCUGUUCGUCAGCAAGGUGAGCCUGUGCUGCGUUGUCUUUGAUUUCUCGGACCCCAACAAGAAUUCUGCGGAGAAGGAUUUCAAAAGGCAGGCAUUGGUGGAUCUUAUGGAAUAUGUGGAUUCUGCGUCCUCCCGUUUCACGGAGACAAUGGUUGCUGCCUGCUGUAGAAUGUUUACCAUCAACCUGUUCAGGGUCUUCCCUCCCAAUUACAGGUCUGGUUCGUCCGGCGGUGGCGAGGGUGAAGAGGAGGAGCCAAUGUUUGACCCUGCAUGGCCCCAUCUGCAUCUUGUGUAUGAUCUGCUACUGAAAUUUAUUGGCUCCUCAUCUCUGGAUACAAAGGUAGGAAAGAAAUAUUUUGACCACACAUUCAUCGUGAAGCUACUUGAACUGUUUGAUUCUGAGGAUCCAAGAGAAAGGGAUUGCUUGAAAACAAUAUUGCAUCGAAUCUAUGGAAAGUUCAUGGUCCACCGUCCCUUCAUCCGCAAAGCAGUGACCAAUAUAUUCUACCACUUUGUGUUUGAGACUGAUCGCCAUAAUGGUAUUGCUGAACUACUGGAGGUUUUUGGCAGUGUUAUUAGUGGUUUUGCAUUGCCUCUGAAGGAGGAACACAAAAUCUUUCUUUGGAGGGUUCUAAUUCCUUUACACAAGCCAAAAUCAGUUGGUUUAUAUCUGCAGCAGUUAACCUACUGUGUGACCCAGUUUGUAGAGAAGGAACCAAAGCUUGCAAGUUCAGUGAUACUUGGCCUGCUCAGAUACUGGCCAAUAACAAAUAGCCAGAAAGAAGUAAUGUUUCUGAGUGAGAUUGAAGAGGUCCUGGAGGCAGCCAACACAGUUGAAUUCCAGAAGUGCAUGGUUCCGUUGUUCAGACGAAUUGCUCAAUGCAUCAACAGUUCCCACUUCCAGGUUGCAGAACGAGCACUCUUCAUGUGGAACAAUGAUCACAUCAUCAGCUUGGUUGCACAGAAUCGGCAAGCAAUCAUGCCCAUCGUCACCCCAGCUUUGGAAGAGAAUAUCCAGAACCACUGGAAUGUAUCAGUCCUAAACCUGACAACCAACGUGAAGAAGAUGCUGUCAGAAAUGGAUGAGGAGCUCUUCUCGGCCUGCCUUGCCGCACAUAAGGAAGAAGAAGAGAUGCGAGCGCUGCUGAAAGGUAAACGUAGGCUGGCUUGGGAGCUGCUAGAGUCUGCGGCGGCAUUCCAGCCAGUGACAGGCAACACUGCCGUCCUGGUGAAUCGCUAGGCGUCAAGUGGAGGGCUGCUCCUCUUUCCUCCGUCUUGUUGGCAACAUGGGCGAAUUGCUGAAAAGCUCGUGACCAACAACUUCACCUUGCUUGUUUAGUUGUUGUAGACUUGUAGAAGUAGUAUGUCUUCCUGUAACUGUAAGUUGCAACUACAAUGGGAUCUAUCCGUCUUUCUGCUAAGGAGGGAGGCAUGCCUGUUUUACAUGCAAUGUCCUGCAGAUAUAUUCUGAGGUUGCCUUUUGCCUUUUCA